CAACUCCCUCUUUUUGCGACAAUUAAUCAACAUUUUGCGGCCGUUAACCGCACGUCGCAAUUUUGUAUUUUCCGGCCUUUAUAAGUGAGUGAGGAAAGAACGUUGUAUUCAUUAGUGACUAGAGAUGUGCGAGCGUUAUUGUAGAUAAUCUUCAGUUUCGCCUAGUCCUGCGUGCCGCAAGCUAAUCAUGAAGUCUUUCGCCUUGGUGUGCGCUAUUGUGAUCGCUUUGAGUUGUUACAUCGCAGCCGACUACAGAAUUCCCAAUUACGAUUACAAUGAUUUGCAGGUUGACGACAUACAGAGAACAGAAUGCAAUUAUGAGAUUAUAAGAAAAAACGCGAAAGAUGUGGAGUGUACACCGAAGGACACUCUAAUAAAAUUGUACCCGCCGAUGGGCUAUAUCUUUUACCCGACUUAUGCACUUGUGAAGAGAUGCGACGGCUUUUGCCAUGCAAGAGCAAGAACGUGCAUACCAGUCGAAACCAAUUUUGCAGCGGUUACCGUGAACAUGUUUGGCGUAGACCACAAGUAUUGUUACAACGUAUCAGUCCUGGAACACACCAAGUGCAAAUGCCAGUGCAAAGUGAAGGAAGAGCAUUGUAAUGAAAAUCAAACAUACUCGGAAGACGAUUGCUUGUGCAAGUGCAAGCACAAAGAGGAAUGCAAAAUAAGCGACAUGGUCUGGAAGGAGGAUAUGUGCAAGUGCGUUUGCGACAAGGAGGAGCCAUGCGGGUCCGAACUUGUAUGGGUUCCCUCAAUGUGCAGGUGCGCCCAAGUCGUGAAUAUACCCAUGGAUCUAUUCCGUAAAACUUUGCGGAGUAGUUUAUUUAAUACACAUUAUAUAAAUAGAUUGAAUGAUAGAAUUAAAUGGAAUAACAGAAAUAGAUGGAAUAAUAGAAAUAGAUUGAACUAAUGAGAAGCUUAAAAAUAUAAUGAGAUUCCACCCAGACAAUUGUGAUCUUCAAGUAUUUUACUCGAUAUCAAUAACGGUGAUAUAUAUGUAUCUCAUCUGCAAUAAUUUGUACUACAGUUUGUUCGUUUACAGCAAAGUCUCAGGCGCUUUCUUUUUCCGUUGCAUUCGGAAUCAAUGUCACGAAACAACAUUAACGAACUCAGCAAUCAACUUGAUAACGUCGAACAAUCCGCGCUUGAUUGUUGUAAAUAAAAUAACGUUCUUAGCUUACUCUCAUUAGGUAUCGCUGGGAUUUAUUAACGAAACAUAUGUAUUGUUCUUAUAAUUGACGCUUAUAUAUAUAAUUAUAGAAAGAUAAAAAAUG